CAUUUUACGUCUUCAGCUAGGAUAUAUAGGAAACAUGGUUACCGCAGAUAUCGCUCGAACAGUGGUCGGUAUCAUAGGAAACAUCAUCUCGGGCUGCCUCUUCUUGUCUCCGGUGCCAACUUUUGUCCGAAUAUGGAAGAAAGGAUCAGUGGAGCAGUACUCAGCAGUGCCAUACCUAGCCACAUUGAUGAAUUGCAUGGUUUGGACCUUAUACGGGCUCCCCAUGGUACACCCUCACAGCUUGCUGGUGGUGACCAUCAACGGUGCAGGGUGUGUCAUUGAGAUCAUCUAUGUCACACUCUUCUUGCUCUACUCCGACCGCACCAAGAGGCUCAGGGUCUUCCUUUGCCUCUUCUCAGAACUCAUCUUCAUCACCCUUCUCACCCUUCUCACUUUCACUCUCAUUCAUUCCAUCAAGCACCGCUCUGCCAUCGUCGGAACCAUUUGCAUGCUCUUCAAUAUUGCCAUGUAUGCUUCACCCUUGUCAGUCAUGAAACUGGUGAUCACGACCAAAAGUGUUGAGUACAUGCCGUUUUUCCUCUCUCUAGCAUCCUUUGGCAAUGGCGUGUCUUGGACUACUUAUGCUCUCAUCCCUUUUGAUCCAUUCAUUGCAAUACCAAACGGGAUUGGGACAACAUUUUCUGUGGCACAACUAAUUCUGUAUGCAACCUAUUACAAGUCUACGAAGAAGCAAAUAGCAGCAGCAAGGAAUGCAAAAGAGGUGAAUCUCUCAGAGGUGGUAGUUGGUAACAGUACUGUCCAAGAUCCCAACAAUAACAAGAUCAGUGCUGCUCCCUAUGGUCUUUAAUUUGAGCUUCAUGCCAAAUGAUUAAUGGUCAUGCAUGGAUACACUCGUUUCUUGCCUCUAUUAUUGCUACUAUAUAUUGGAUAGAUUCCCUUUUGUACUAGUAUUUUAAUUUUAAUUUCCUACUUCAACAGUUAAUUACCAUCUUUGUUAUUUACAUUGCAUAGUCACUAGUCAACAUUGCUUAGCAAUGUCUGUUCUAGUUUUGCUCAACUUCUCUGGCUUGCCUCAGCUUAAAACAUUUCACUUGUCAGCCCACCACAUUUAUCAAAACAAACACUCUUAAUAAA